AUGUAUAGGCAAAUUAAGGUUAGGGAUGCAGAUGCUAAUUCACAAUUAAUUAUUUGGAGAGAUUCUCCUCAGAAAAGGCUUGACAUUUGUAAGUUGAACACAGUUAUAUAUGGCACUUCAUGUGCACCGUACUUGGCCAUGCGUUGUCUAAAGAUGUUGUCAGAAGAAAAUUCUGUCAAGUAUCCACUAGCUUCGCAGACUUUAGAUAGGGACUGUUAUGUCGAUGACAUAAUUACAGAUGCAUCGUCAGAGCAGGAACUAGGGCAGCUGAAAUCGGAGGUCUGUAGUAAUGUUCCUAAGGAACAACAAAAUUUGUCAGCCACAGACUUUUCUGAACAAAAUAAUACUGUAAAAACAUUAGGUUUUUCAAGGAAUCAAGUUGAUGAUAUUUUCAAAAUCUCUUAUUCCAAUAUUUUUAUCACUUCUGCAGACACUAAAAGAUCUGUGCUUUCUACCAUAGCUAAAAUAUAUGAUCCUAUUGGACGACUCAUUUCUCCGAUUACCAUAACAGCGAAAUUGAUAAUGCAGGAAUUAUGGAAAUACAAUUUAGAUUGGGAAGACGCCCUGCCAGAUGAAUUACAGGAUAGCUGGAACGAUUUCAGACAUCAUCUUUCGUGUUUGGAAGAUUUGUGUGUUCCGCGUUGUCUUUUCAAGCAGAUUCCUGUAUGCAUAGAGUGUCACGAUUUUGCGGACGCUUCAUUACUAGCUUAUGGAACUUGUAUUUAUUUACGGGCGACUAAUGAAGAUGGUAGUAUUUCCUGCCAUCUAAUAUGUUCUAAAUCUAAGGUUGCUCCGUUAAAACAAGUGACACUUCUUCGGUUAGAAUUGUUAGCAGCGUUGUUAUUGGCAAAAUUAUAUAGGCAUGCUAUGGCUAAUGGUGUUGUGAAGAUUAACGAAUCAUUUCUGUGGAGUGAUUCUAGUAUUGUUAUUGCGUGGCUGCGUACAGAACCCUCACAGUUGAAAAUAGGUGUUAGAAUUGCUAAUGAUUUGUUGAGCUGUGAUCUGUGGUUGCACGGGCCAUCUUGGCUUUGUAGCACCAGAGAAAAUUGGCCAAAUAGGUUUUGUGAUCCACCAAUAGAUAAUCUGCCGGAAAGACGGGUACUUUGUGCUGUUUCGAAUACUGAGGAUGAUGAUGAUAUCGGUAUUGCUCUAAAGUCUUUGGCAGAUAGGAUAUCCAAGUUUAGCAAGCUUGUUAGGAUUGUCGCAUAUUGUCUCAGAAGGAGGAAAAAGCGCAGAACUCUUUGUGAUCCGUUGUCAGCAUUUGAGAUUCAGUUUGCAACACGUAGGAUAUUUUAUUUGGUCCAGUUAGAAACAUUCUCUAUAACUAGUGAUGAAGAUUUAGAGACAGAUAAGGUCUCAAAUCUGAAGUUGAAAUCGUUAAACCCAUUUAGGGAUGCUGACGGCGUGUUGCGUGUAGGUGGAUUGAGAGAUUGGAACAUGCAAACAUCUCUUUUGACCAGAAACACCCCAUUAUUUUACACAAAAAACACGUAA